GGAGUGGACCGCGAUCAUGGUAACAGAACGGAAACCGACGUUCUUCCAGUCUCUCGCUGCCGGCGGAUUGGCAGGAACAGCGGUCGACAUACUGUUCUUCCCGAUAGACACCGUCAAGACCCGUCUGCAGUCUGCGCAGGGAUUCAUCAAGGCUGGCGGCUUUCGCGGGAUUUACAAAGGUGUGGGUAGUGUGGUUGUUGGAAGCGCCCCAGGAGCUGCUGCAUUCUUCUCUACGUAUGAAGCCAUGAAGCGCUCGAUUCCUCUUCGCGACCAACUUGCGCCUGUGAACCAUAUGCUGUCCGCGUCUGUGGGAGAAGUGGCUGCUUGUUUGAUACGCGUUCCUACAGAAGUCAUCAAAACCAGGAUGCAAACAUCGACGUAUGGUGCUUCGGCAUCUUCGUUUAAAGCCGCAACACUUGUCCUGCACCAUGAGGGUAUUCCAGGAUUCUAUCGUGGUUUUUGGAUGACUAUCAUGCGCGAGAUACCCUUUACAUCACUCCAAUUCCCGCUAUAUGAGUUUCUCAAAUCUCGACUAUCAAUAUAUCUGGACCGAAAACCCCUAUAUGCACAUGAGGCUGCUGUCUGUGGGAGCAUAGCCGGGGGGACUGCAGCAGCACUAACAACACCGCUCGACGUCCUUAAAACACGCGUCAUGCUUGAUCUUAGAGAUCCUUUGAAGCAGCAAGUGCCAACUCUUUCUAUGCGAUUUCAGCAAAUUUACGUGCAAGAGGGCGCAAAGGCUCUUUUUGCAGGUAUAGUGCCGAGAACGAUGUGGAUAUCCGCAGGAGGAGCUGUCUUCCUCGGCGUCUAUGAAUGGGCCGUUCAUGGUUUUAUGAGCGCCUAAGCGAGAGCAAACCUACAGUCCAAAUGCGCAUCUAAAACGGCCGGUAGGACCAGUGGGGGUACGCCCUACACUGGGGCAUUUGCGAUUUUAGUAAUGCGAUGCAGGGCACAGGUGUCCAUUAGACUAGAUGGCAUUGUCCAAUAUAUGGUAGAUUACUCCAAUGGACAGAAAAUGGAUCCAAAAAAAACC